CCGAUGAUGGGGGAUGUUUUCCAGCCCAGAGUUCUGCUGCACCGAUUAGAUGUUGCUCAGAAGCGGAUUGUUAAAGAAGAUUCUUUAGACCAAAGACCUCGUGCCGACCUGCAUGAGCCAAGUCCCCCUCAAAUAAAGGAGGAAGAGAAGGGAGUCUACAUCAGUCUGCCAGGAGAGGAGCUCAAUGGGAAGGAGGUGAUUAAUGCCAUCAGGUUUCCAGUUGCUGCUCCCAUAAAGACUCUGGAUGAUGAACAGUCUCUGCUGCUCUCACAGCUUUAUCCAGACCAAAUUAAAGGCAGAGAACUUCCUGAGGAGAAUAAUGGAAAAGAAUCCAUCAGAGUACAAGAUCAUGGAGAUGCUUCCAUUUCUUUAGAGACUGAAGACACUGGGAUGGAUGAAGAGGACAGUGAUGUAGAACACAGUCUCUCUGAGCUGAAAGACUUGUCAGACUCUGGAUAUAAGAAAUGCUCUACAGAGAAGAAAAAUGUGGACUCACGAAGGAAAGGCCAGACAGGAGUGAAGCUUAGCUGCGAAGACUGUGGUAAAACAUUUAUUAGAAAAUAUGCUUUAAACCAACACACAAGAUUCCACACAGGACAGAAGCCUUUCGGUUGUGAUCUGUGUGGAAAAAGUUUUAGCCAAAAAGCAAAUUUAAAAAUACACACGAGAAUCCAUACAGGACAGAAGCCUUUCUCUUGUGAUCAAUGUGGACAAAGAUUUAGCCGAAAAGACACUUUAAACGUACACACGAGAAUCCAUGCAGGAGAGAAGCCUUUUGGUUGUGAUCUAUGUGGAAAAAGUUUUAGCGUAAAAGGAACUUUAAAAAAACAUAUAAGAAUCCACACAGGACAGAAGCCUUUUGGUUGUGAUCUGUGUGGAAAAAGUUUCAGCCAAAAAGACCAUUUAAAAAUACACACGAGAAUCCACACAGGACAGAAGCCUUUCUCUUGUGAUCAAUGUGGACAAAGAUUUAGCCGAAAAGACACUUUAAACGUACACAUGAGAAUACAUACAGGAGAGAAGCCUUUCUGUUGUGAUCUGUGUGGAAAAGGCUUUAGCCAAAAAGAGUAUUUAAAUAGACAUGCGAGAAUCCAUGCAGGACAUAAGCCUUUCCGUUGUGAUCUAUGUGGAAAAAGUUGUAGCCAAAAAGGGAAUUUAAAAACACACAUGAGAAUCCAUGCAGGAGAGAAGCCUUUCUGUUGUGAUCUAUGAGGAAAAUGUUUUAACCAAAUCACUUAUUUAAAAAUACACACGAGAAUCCACGUGGAUUAAGAUUUGGCCAAAAAUCACAUUUAAAAAUACACACGAGAAUCCACGUGGAUUAAGAUUUGGCCAAAAAUCACAUUUAAAAAUACACACGAGAAUCCAUACAGGACAGAAACCUUUCGAUUGUGAUCUAUGUGGACAAAGAUUUCGUGAAAGCGGAACUUUGAAGACCCACAUGACAAUCCAUAAAGAACAGUAGCCUUUUUGUUGUGAUCUAUGUGAAAAAAGUUUUAGCCAAAAAGCAUAUUUAAUUCACUCACUCC